AUGGUGAGCCCGAGCCCCCUCAGGCCAAGCCAAAGCCAGGCCGGAACAUCACUACUCUCGUCAUCACUCUCAGCACAUGUUAUAGCAGCUAUCUCGCCUCAAAUAGCCUCCAUACUCACCACAUCAGAGAGCCUCAAGUCAAAUGUAGAAGACCUAGCGAAACUCAAGUCAGAUAUGGAAGCUAACUCUGAAAACACCAGCACCACCACCUCAGUGUCAGCAGCCGCUACUCGAGCAGAACAAGCAACCAAUGUCAUCUUAAAUAGUAUCACUGACGUAAAGAACGCGCUACUAACAGCUAGGGCACCCUCAAACCAGCCGAACAACCCUCUAUCAUACAGUGCAGUAGUACGGCAAAACACACAGACCCCAGCCCCAGUCUCGGCAGCCCUCCUACGCGCCGCAAUUAAGGAACACCAGAUUUUAAUUGAACUGGCACUCGGCGGAAGAUUAUACGAACCCGAAGACAGCUCAGUAGACAUCGCUAAGAAAUCCAAAAACACCUUCGCCGCAAUCUCGGAUGGAGAGUCUCCCGACAUUCAAAUUAAAGCCACCACACGACUACGAAAUGGUGGCCUUAUCGUCGAACUAACCACAGCAGAAGCAGCAAAUUGGCUAUGUAUCCCAGAAAGUAUACUAAAGUUCAUGGGCGCUCUAGACUCCCUGGUAUUCAUCAAGGAACACCGUUUCACCAUCAUCAUACCGUUCCUACCAAUCACAUCCGAUAUCGAGGAUGCGGAAUGGCAAUGUGCAGCAGAGGAAGAAAACAACCUGCCGACAGGUUCUAUAGAAGCAGUGGGAUGGAUUAAACCCAGAAUUUGGAGAUCACCAGUGUUACAGGGAUCUGUAACACCUACUAGAGCCCCAGCUCUCCCUACGCCUGCCCCCGCUCUGCUAGACUCCCCGCGCGGCGGUGCGCCGCCUGCGCCUAGAAAGACAGCGGUCUGGACCGCUAUGACCCGCCCCCUGGCGCUAUGA